AUGUGUAACCGAACGCUGAUCGCGGAGCUCCUGCUUGUGGUGGCCCUGGGAACCGCCAGCUUUGCGGCGGCCACCGCCGGGGGUUGCUCGUGGCGCGCCAGCAGCAGCUGGUUCGGUGGCGAGAUCUGCGUCCUGCAGAAGGUCUACGAUGACUGUCACGAGACCAGCGACUUCAGCGAGUGCCUCAAGCAGCGCGCCCUGACCACCAUCUCUAGGGCGAUCGACCUGGACUCGAUCCAGCUGGUCGAUGGAGUGUCGCUGGUUAAGCAGCGGACCAGCGGGUCCACCGGUGAGCAGGGGGCGGACAACGGGCCCAUCGCCGGCCUGUCGGAUGCCCGCUCGCUGGAGGGACUCAGCGGCACGGACCAGUCGCUGCUGCGGAAGAUCGACCAGUUCCUCAAGAGCCACACCAUCAGCUUCGAUCUGUCCGAAGCGCGCGGAAGUGGCAACAAGAAGAACGGCAGCCGCUACGUGAUCGCGGCCCUGCUGACCGCCAUGGGCAUUGCCGGGCCGAUCGGUCUGAAGACGCUCGGUGCGAUCGCGUUCAAGGCGCUGGUGAUCAGCAAGGUGGCCCUCACGAUCGCCAGUAUUAUGGCGCUCAAGAAGAUCUUCAAGGCGGACCACCACGAGGAGACCAGCUUCCAGGUGCACACCGGCCACGACAACCGCCGGGCCACGUACUUCGUGCGCCCCGUCCGCGGCAACGACCCGUACCGGUACUACUACGAGCAGCCGGCCGUCUAA